ACUGCCACCAUGCUGGCCUCAGAGCUCCUUCUGGUGUUUUUGCUCACCUGCCUGACAAUGAUGGUCUUGAUGUCUGCCUGGAGGCAGAGGAAGCUCUGGGGGAAGCUCCCUCCAGGACCCACCCCAUUGCCCCUCAUUGGGAACUACCUGCAGCUGAACACAAAGCAGCUGUCGGAUUCCUUCAUGAAGAUCAGCGAGCGCUAUGGCCCCGUGUUCACGGUCCACCUGGGGCCGCGGCGCAUUGUGGUGCUGUGUGGACACGAGGCCGUGAAGGAGGCGCUGGUGGACCAGGCUGAGGAAUUCAGUGGGCGAGGCGGGCAGGCCACCUUCGACUUACUCUUCAAAGGCUAUGGGGUGACGUUCAGCAAUGGCGAGCGAGCCAAGCAGCUCCGGCGCUUCUCCAUCACCACACUGCGGGACUUUGGUGUGGGCAAGCGUGGCAUCGAGGAGCGGAUCCAGGAGGAGGCGGGCUUCCUCAUCGAGGCUUUCCGGGGCACGCAAGGCACCUUCAUUGAUCCCACCUUCUUCCUGAGCCGGACAGUGUCCAAUGUCAUCAGCUCCAUUGUCUUUGGGGACCGCUUUGACUAUGAGGACAAAGAGUUCCUAUCACUGCUGCGUAUGAUGCUGGGAAGCUUCCAGUUCACAGCUACAUCUAUGGGUCAGCUCUGUGAAAUGUUCCCAUCAGUCAUGAAACACCUGCCAGGGCCACAGCAACAGGCAUUUAAGGAUCUGAAAGGUCUGGAGAACUUCAUAGCCAAGAAGGUGGAGCAGAACCAACGCACGCUAGAUCCCAACUCCCCGCGGGACUUCAUCGACUCCUUCCUCAUCCGCAUGCAGGAGGAGCAGAACAACCCCAACACAGAGUUCUACUUGAAGAACCUGGUGCUGACCACACUGAACCUCUUCUUUGCGGGCACUGAGACAGUCAGCACGACCCUGCGGUAUGGCUUCCUGCUGCUCAUGAAGCACCCAGAUGUGGAGGCCAAAAUCCAUGAGGAGAUUGACCAGGUGAUUGGCAAGAACCGGCAGCCCAAGUUUGAGGACAGGGCCAAGAUGCCCUACACAGAGGCGGUGAUCCAUGAGAUCCAAAGAUUUGGAGACAUAAUCCCCCUGAGCCUGGCCCGCAGAGUCACCAAGGACACCAAGUUUCGGGAGUUCUUCCUCCCCAAGGGCACUGAAGUGUUCCCUAUGCUGGGCUCUGUGCUGAGAGACCCCAAGUUCUUUUCUCACCCCCGAGACUUCCACCCCCAGCACUUCCUGGAUGAGAAGGGCCAGUUUAAGAAGAGUGAUGCUUUUGUGCCCUUCUCCAUCGGAAAGCGGUACUGUUUCGGAGAAGGUCUGGCUAGAAUGGAACUCUUUCUCUUCCUCACCACCAUCUUGCAGAACUUCUGCCUCAAGUCCCCUCAGCUGCCCCAAGAUAUUGACGUGUCCCCCAAACUUGUGGGCUUAGCCACUAUCCCACGAAAUUACACCAUGAGCUUCCAGCCCCGUUGAGCAAGGGCGGUGCGGGGUGGGGGAGGGGAAGGAUGGGGGUGGAGCAAAGCAGUGGGCGGGGCAGGAGCGGGGCUAUCAGGAGGGAGGUGACUUAGGGAAAUCUGAGGGGGCAAGGUGGAUAGAAGACGAAAGGAAUGGGCCCUGUCUGUUCCCCUUGGUAGAAAUAACUCCUUCAGAAGUGGGAUGAAGGAAGGGAACAUAUUUAUUGAGUAAAUAUUCUGCGUCAGCUCCAUGCUAAAAGCCUUGGCACGUCCACCUCGCCUAAUGCCCACAGUCUAUGCAACAGAGAACAGUGUUCAUGCCCAUUUUACAAGUGACAAAUCUUAAUUUAUUCCCAAGGAAUCUAUAACAAAGACAAAAACCUUCCCAGUAAAUGAAUUUUUCACUGUCACUAAACAUACUAAAAUCUUU